CGACUUCCCGGUCUCCCAGCCCAGAGCCCCGAGUGUCCGCACACUGUGGAGACAGGGGUGACGGAGUGGGUCUCCGGGGCGCAUGGGAGGCGAGGCCCCGGGAGGGGUGGAGCGCGGUGGAGGCUGCGGUCCCGCCUACCGCACCGCAGAGCAGCGCGCUCGGGCUGCAGCGCUGGCCCCUGCUGGCAGGACCCGGGGCGCCGGGGGAGUCCAGUGGUUAGCGAUGCUUCUGCUGCCGUCGCUGCUGCUGCUGCUGCUGGCGGCGCCGCGGGGCUGCGCCAAGAGCGCGGCGGCGGCGCCUACCCCCGAGCGGGUCCUCGAGUGGCAGGGUAAAGGAAUAUUCGUUAUCCAAAGUGAGAGCCUCAAGAAAUGCAUUCAAGCCGGCAAAUCUGUACUGACCCUGGAGAACUGCAAACAGCCGAGCAAGUACAUGCUGUGGAAAUGGGUUUCAAACCACCGCCUCUUUAACAUAGGAGGCGGCAGUUGCCUGGGCCUGAAUUUAUCUAAUCCAGAGCAGCCAUUAAGCUUAUAUGAGUGUGAUUCCACCGUCGUUUCCUUGAGAUGGCACUGUAACAGGAAGAUGAUCAGCGGCCCGCUCCAGUACAUGGUCCAAGUGGACCCUGACAACACGCUCGUGGCCUCACGGAAAUAUCUUCAUAAGUGGAUUUCCUACAUGUCAGGCAAUGGAGGCAUUUGUGAAUAUCUGCACAAAGAUUUGUAUACAAUUAAAGGGAAUGCCCAUGGGACACCAUGCAUGUUUCCCUUCCAGUAUAACCAUCAGUGGCAUCAUGAAUGUAUCCGGGAAGGGCGGGAAGACGACUUACUGUGGUGUGCCACGACAAGCCGAUAUGAAAGAGAUGAGAAGUGGGGAUUUUGCCCAGAUCCCACAUCUACAGAGGUGGGAUGUGAUGCUGUCUGGGAGAAGGAUCCGAAUUCACACAUUUGCUACCAAUUCAACCUGCUUUCCUCUCUUUCCUGGAGCGAGGCUCAUUCGUCAUGCCAGAUGCAAGGAGGUGCUUUACUAAGUAUUGCAGAUGAGACUGAAGAGAAUUUUGUAAGGAAGCACUUAAGCAGCGAAGCGGAAGUGUGGAUAGGUCUGAAUCAGCUGGAUGAAAAUGCUGGCUGGCAGUGGUCUGACAGAACACCACUCAACUAUCUGAGCUGGAACCCAGAAAUAAACUUUGAGCCAUUUGCUGAAUAUCACUGUGGAACAUUUGAUCCAUUUAUGCCAAAUGGCUGGAGGAGUCGGGAUUGUGAGGCCACCCUGCCUUACGUGUGUAAAAAAUACCUAAACCACAGCGAUCACGGAGGAGUCGAAAAAGAUGCUUGGAAAUAUUAUGCUACCCACUGUGAGCCUGGCUGGAAUCCCCACAAUCGUAAUUGCUAUAAACUUCAGAAAGAAGAAAAGACCUGGGAUGAGGCUUUGCAUUCUUGCCAAUCUAAUAACAGUGUACUAAUAGACAUAGCUUCGUUAGCAGACGUGGAGUUUCUUGUUACCCUCCUUGGAGAUGAAAAUGCCUCUGAAACAUGGAUUGGUUUGAGCAGCAGUAAAAUUCCAGUUUCUUUUGAAUGGUCUAAUGGCUCCUCAGUCACCUUUACUAAUUGGCACACAUUUGAGCCCCAAAUUUUUCCAAAUAGAAGCCAUCUGUGUGUCUCAGCAGAGCAAUCUGAGGGACACUGGAAAGUUAAAAAUUGUGAAGAAACACUUUUUUACAUUUGUAAGAAAGCAGGCCACGUCCUUUCUGACACGGAAUCAGGCUGUCAAGAGGGAUGGGAGAGACAUGGUGGAUUCUGUUACAAAGUUGAUACUGUCCUUCGAAGCUUUGGCCACGCCUCCAGUGGUUAUUACUGUCCUCCUGCACUUAUAACCAUCACAAAUAGGUUUGAACAGGCUUUUAUUACCAGUUUGAUCAGUACUGUGGUAAAAACGAAGAACAGUUAUUUUUGGAUAGCUCUUCAAGACCAAAAUGACACAGGAGAAUACACUUGGAAGACAGCAGGGCCAGAGUCUGAGCCAGUGCGGUUCACACACUGGAAUGCACAUCAGCCCCGCUACAGUGGUGGUUGCGUUGUCAUGCGAGGAAGGAGUCCACCUGGUCGCUGGGAAGUGAAAGACUGUAAACACUUUAAGGCAAUGUCCCUGUGCAAGCAACCGGUGGAAAAUCAGGAGAAAACUGAGCAUGAAGAGAGAUGGCCCUUUCACCCCUGCUAUUUGGACUGGGAGUCAGAGCCUGGCCUGGCCAGUUGCUUCAAGGUAUUCCAUAGUGAAAAAGUCCUGAUGAAAAGAACAUGGAGAGAAGCUGAAACAUUUUGUGAAGAAUUUGGAGCUCAUCUUGCAAGCUUUGCCCAUAUUGAGGAAGAGAAUUUUGUGAAUGAGCUUUUAUAUUCAAAAUUUAAUUGGACAGAAGAAAGGCAGUUCUGGAUUGGAUUUAAUAAAAGAAACCCGCUGAAUGCUGGCUCUUGGGAGUGGUCUGAUGGAACUCCUGUUGUCUCUUCAUUUUUAGACAAUAUUUAUUUUGGAGAAGAUGCAAGAAAUUGUGCUGUUUAUAAGACAAAUAAAACACUGCUGCCCUUGCACUGUGGUUCCAAACGCGAAUGGAUAUGCAAGAUUCCAAGAGAUGUGAGACCCAAGAUUCCACCCUGGUACCAGUAUGAUGCACCCUGGCUCUUUUAUCAGGAUGCAGAGUACCUUUUUCAUACUCGUGCCUCAGAAUGGUCCUCCUUUGAGUUUGUCUGUGGCUGGCUGCGCAGUGAUCUUCUCACGAUUCGUUCUGCCCGUGAGCAAGAAUUCAUCCACAGCAAAAUAAAAGUGCUAUCAAAGUAUGGUGUAAAUUGGUGGAUUGGACUUCGAGAAGAAAGAGCCAAUGAUGAAUUUCGCUGGAGAGAUGGUGCACCAGUAAUAUACCAGAACUGGGACAAAGGACAAAAAGGAUCUAUGAAUAAUCAGAGCCAGAGAUGUGGCUUCAUUUCAUCCAUAACAGGACUCUGGGCUAGUGAAGAGUGUUCAGUUUCUAUGCCUAGCAUCUGCAAGCGAACAAAGUUUUGGGUCAUAGAAAAAGAGAAAGAUACACCAAAACAACAUGGAACGUGUCCCAAAGGGUGGCUAUAUUUUAAUUAUAAGUGCCUUUUGGUGAAAAUCCCCAAAGACCCAAGGGAUUGGAAGAACUGGACGUCUGCUCAAGAUUUCUGUGUUGAAGAAGAGGGGACGUUGGUAGCCAUUGAAAAUGAGGUGGAGCAAGCUUUCAUUACUAUGAAUCUCUUCGGCCAGACCACUAAUGUGUGGAUAGGAUUACAAAAUGAUGAUUAUGAAAAAUGGCUAAAUGGAAAGCCUGUGGCAUAUUCUAACUGGUCUCCAUUUGAUAAAAUAAAUAUUCCAAGUCAUAACACCACCAAAGUUCAAAAACACAUUCCCCUCUGUGCCCUGCUGUCAAGUAAUCCUAAUUUUCAUUUCACUGGAAAAUGGUAUUUUGAAGACUGCGGAAAAGAAGGUUACGGGUUUGUUUGUGAAAAAAUGCAAGAUACUUCUGGACAUGGUGUAAAUACAUCUGAUAUGUAUCCAAUCCCCAAUACCUUAGAAUAUGGAAACAGAACUUACAAAAUAAUUAAUGCAAAUAUGACUUGGUAUACAGCGACAAAAACCUGCCUGAUGCAUGGAGCAGAACUGGUCAGCAUUACAGACCAGUAUCACCAGUCCUUCCUCACUGUUAUCCUCAACCGGCUAGGACAUGCCCACUGGAUUGGACUGUUCACUGCAGACAAUGGUCUUCAUUUUGACUGGUCAGAUGGCACCAAAUCCUCCUUCACUUUUUGGAAAGACGACGAGUCAUCCUUCCUGGGUGACUGUGUUUUUGCUGACACCAGUGGACGCUGGAGUAGCACAGCCUGUGAGUCAUUUCUGCAAGGAGCCAUUUGUCAUGUGCCCACUGAAACAAGAGCAUUUGGAUACCCAGAGUUGUGCUCAGAAACAUCUAUCCCGUGGAUAAAAUUCAAAAGUAAUUGCUACAGUUUUUCUACAGUCCUAGACAGUACAAGUUUUGAGACUGCUCAUGAAUUUUGCAAAAAGGAAGGAUCUAAUCUUUUGACAAUCAAGGACGAGGCUGAAAACUCAUUUCUCCUAGAAGAGCUUUCUGCUUUUGUUUCUUCUGUCCACAUGGUUUGGUUGAAUGCUCGGUUUGAUGGUGACAAUGAAACCAUAAAGUGGUUUGAUGGAACUCCCACAGACCAGUCAAACUGGGGCAUUCGGAAGCCAGAGAUGGACCACGUCCAACCGCAUCUGUGUGUUGCCCUGAGGAUCCCCGAAGGAGUGUGGCAGUUAUCCCCAUGCCAAGAAAAAAAAGGAUUCAUAUGUAAAAUGGAGGCAGAUAUUCACACAGUAAAGGAACAUCCAGGAAAAGGACCAAGUCACAGCAUUGUACCUCUUGCAGUGGCACUGACACUGAUAGUAAUUCUGGCAAUUUCCACACUUUCCUUCUGCAUAUACAAGCACAAGAGUCGUAUCUUCAGGAGACUUGCAGGGUUUGAGAAUACUUACUAUCCUACAACCAACUUUAGUACAGUCCAUUUAGAAGAGAAUAUUUUCAUUUCUGAUCUUGAGAAGAAUGACCAAUAAUAAUGAAGUCAGAGAAGGCCACAGCCAUGAGGAUAAGUAAAGAAGACCAUAAGAGAGUCUCCUCUGUAUUUUCCUUUCCAGACCAGAUGCCAUUAUAAUGUGAAAUUGUGUCACUAGUUGAAUUAUUCUUAAAGUGAUUACUGGUUUUGAACUGUAACCAAAUCAGAUGAGUGUUAAUUUAUUCAUUUCCCCAAACUGUGAUCUA